AUGCCUGCUUGCAUGGCGUCUUCAGUUGAGACUGCGUCCCUAUUGACCACCAUGCCUCACGAAAAGCCUCACAACAAUCCCAGAAAGUUGACGGGGGACAUGCCCCUUGGCGCUCGAAUCGGCAUGAAUAUCAUCCUCGCUGCUGCACCCCCCACACUCCGCAGACACGCCAUCCGUCGUCUGGAGGCUGGCCCACGACCUAUACGCAAGACUAGAGCGGAGAGGCAGCGGGAGUGGGAGAUUGAACAAGCUCGCAGGGCUAGAGAAGAGACAUCUAGAAGUGAUUGGACUCCUCAGUCUAGUAGUCCAUGUCCCUGGGAUGAGGACGAGGCAAGUGGUAGUGACUCUGAGACAAGGGAUGUGGAAUCUUUGGGCGCUGACAAUGAGCAGGUUGAGUCGACACAAUCAUGGGCUCCUCCUAUGGGUGGCGACGAGUCGUACUUUUUUUCAGAAUUAGAUGAAAGAGACAUCCCCUCUCGCAGCUCUCAACCUCCAGGCUUCACUCGCGAGUCGAGCCAGAACCCUCCGAAUAAUCAGCUGCGCGGGGGACGACGAGAGCCCACGCAGCAAGGGAGAAACAAAAAGAAAAGAAAAGAUACGCCUCCGCCUCCACCAAUGUACAGAAACCUCCCCGCAGCAGAAUCAUCUGGGUAUUCCACCCCUGUCGAACCAGAUGAGACUAGCAUGACGACUGGGUAUCAACGGAUAUGGAGAUGGUCUAACGAAGUUGACGGCGUCCCCGAUGACUUGCGUCCGGUUGAUGAUGGACGUAAUUCUGUGUCUACCGCAUGGCCUGGUCCUCAUACUGAUGCUGGAGAUGUUGUUGGGCCUAGUGAGAGUAUCAGUGUCAUUGGCGAGACAGAGGAUGAGGGACUGUACAGGAGGGGAAAGAUUGCGCGGAGUUCGCGGGAGAGUGCGAAGCCAUCUGAGAGCACGAAAUGGACUCUGUAA